AUGCAGACUAAGUAGUGUGUUGUUGUGGAUGGUGCCAUUGGUAAGACAUGUCUUCUGAUUUCAUAUACAACAAAUAAAUUUCCAUCUGAAUAUGUACCAAUGGUAAUUGACAGCUAUGUAGUCAUGGUUAUGACUGGUGGAGAGCCAUAUACUCUUGGACUGUUUGAUAUUGUAGGACAGGAAGAUUAUGAUAGAUUACUACCCCUCAAUUAUCCACAGACAGAUGUGUUUCUUGUCUGUUUUCAAAUGGUAUCCCCAACCUCACCUAAAAAUGUGAAAGUGGGGCAGCUAAAAAAGUGGGUACCAGAGAUUAUUCACCACUGUCCAAAGACUCCUUUUUUGCUUGUUGUGACCCAAGUUAAUCUCAGAGAUGACCCUUCUACUAUUGAGAAACUUGCCAAGAACAAACAGAAGCCCAUCACUAUAGAGACUGCUGAAAAGCUGGCCCAAGACCUGAAGGCCAUCAGAUACAUGGAGUGUUCUGCGCUCACACAGAAAGACUUAAAGAAUGUAUUUGAUGAGGUAAUACUGGCUGGCCUGGAGCCUCCAGAACUGAAGAAGAACUGCAGGUGUGUGCUACUAUGA